AUGCUUUCUUAUGUUUCCUUGAAUUCUAAGGACAGUUUAGAAGAAUUUCUUCAAUUAUAUUAGUGCAAAGAUUCACAGAAAAAAAAUGUAUUGAAAAAAGAGCGAGAAAUAGUACAAUAUUUGAAAGGCCUAGGUCUUUAAAUGAAAACAGACCCACUCUUAAAACUAUAAAGAUUUGCCAAUUUUGCAAUUUAAAGCGAUAUUUCUCCUGAUUCUAAUGAAGAAAUCACCCUUGAGAGAAAGCAGCAGGUUAUCGAAAACAAAGAAUUCAAUCUUUCCAACAACCCCUUUCUCAAUAGAGAGAGUCGAUAAAUAAAACGCUCUUUCUCCUUCGAAAAUAACAAUCGAUUUUUAAAUGACCAAAGAGAUAAUGUUGAAUUACAUCAGUUUGACUGA